AUGCUGGCGGGGACGUACGCGAUGUUUUCGUUCGAGGUGACGUGCGAACCGAUGGAUGUGGAGAUUAGUUUUAGGAAGGGCGCGGACGAGAGCCGAAACGACGCGAGACGAUCCGACGGCGACGCGGCGGCGUACGUGGACGAGGAUGACGAGGCGAGAUUCAUCUUACACCGAGGUGCGCUCGAACACCCUGAGAUGUUAGGGGUGUAUGCGAACGAUUCGCUUUCGUUCGGACUGUUUCCGCACGAAGACAGCUUGAACAUCGACGUCGACGCGAUCGACGUCGGCGUUUGGUACCUGCAAAUCGUCGUGAUCAGCGGCAGUUUACGAUCGGGAUUUGAAAUCUCGCAUCGCUUGUUCGGGUCGCGGUUGGCGCGAUUCUCGGACUUCAACGGCUGUGAGUUCGACGAUGGUACGCUUUCGGUGACGGUACGAUCGGAGAAUGAGACGUACACGAGACGAGAGCCGUUCGUCGCCGAACCGGAUUACGGCGCGUGCGGAAACGAUACAAACUCGUGCUACCUGGGCGAACAACAUUCGGGCGAUGCGUUUCAAGGACGUGGGGCCGAGCGCACGGGUACUGGGCCGGUGUCUGGACGCGCGGUGGUCGCGAUGUCGACGCCGGUUGCGUUUGACGACGAGUACUUUCUUCUCGCCGGCGACGCGCGGAAAUUUCUCGGCAACUUUUCGACGGGCUGGUUCACGACGGAUGGAUUUUUGAACGCAACACUCACAUCAGAGCCAUGGUUACUAGCGCAGAUGGUUCCAAAUCGCACGAACGCACCGUUUGAUCACGAGGCGUGCGGGACGAUGCUCAACGCCGCCGAUUUGCGAGGGGCGGUGUGUGUGACGAGUCGAGGUGGUUGCUUCUUCUCACAAAAAACGCUCGCGUGUCAAAAAGCUGGCGCUGUUGCGGCUGUCAUCAUCGAUACCGAGUUCGAGCCGCUCGCCGCGGUCAACUGGGUCGGUUCCCAUCCGCCCGAUUCCAUUUCGAUUCCGACCAUCGUGAUGAACUUGCUCGACGGCAACAAGCUUUUGAAGAAAAUGUACGACGAACCGGACGUUCGCGUCGGCGCCGAAGUGUACGAGUGCCGACCAAAGACGCGAUGCCGUCGAUGCGCUCCGGGAUUCGCGUCGCCGGGGACGAACUGCUCGACGCGAUGCCCCGGGCUCGACGACGCGUUCUCGUCAAACUGCUCUCGCGCGGGCGAAUGCGUGUACGACGAGAUCGCGAUGUCGUUUUCUUGUGUGUGUGAGGACGGAUUCUCCGGCGAUGCGUGCGAUAUCCUCGCGAACGUCGUCGACGAUCGCGGGUUCAAACGCGCCGAUCGAUCGACCAUCGCAGCCGUGCUCGCCGUGACGUUUUGCUUCGUCGGCGUCGUCGUCGUCUGCGCAGUGUACCAAAUCCGUCGCCGUCGCCGUCGCAUGACCGGGCACAUCAUUUGGAAGCCUCACGAAGAAGACGAGAGCGGCGCGCCGCCGACCGCUCCCGUCGCUCAACCGUGA